CUUCCGCCCUCUCUUUUGCAUUGGGAUGAUGCCCUCAAGACUUGCAACAAGGAUUCAUCUCGCGUGCACAUGCCCUACACCAUUGAUCGGGGAUACAGAUUCCCUGAACCUGCUCUCCUCCUCAGUCCCAAGCUGCCAGAGCAUCUCCAGGGUUAUAUUGCCGCCUGGCUCACCUGUCGUCUGCUAUGGAUCAGCCGAGUUGAUCAUGACCCGCCACGCAACUACCCUUCGCCACAGCUCUGGUGCGACUUCCUCGGCAGCGGACUUACAACCCAAUUGCUUGGCGCAGCGCCCAAAGGCAAGGAUCCUGAAAAGAAGGGUCUUACAGCGGCGGAGAAGCGAAAGGCCGUAAUGAGGGACUUAUUUGGUGAUGACGUGUUGGAGACUCAGGGAGAUCUGUUUGCACCAGAAGGAUCGGUAGAAUUUCACGGCGAACAAGUGUCGGUUGCCAGUCUCGCUAACCCUCCACGGUGUCUCGCCCAAAGGAUCACAUGGGAGCUGUUUGAGCUUGGAUUCCAUUAUGAGCUGAGGGAUCUUGAUCACUACCUGGCCCACAAACAUUGGGCAGAUGAUCUAAUUGGUCGCGAGCAGCUUCUUCAUUCUAUCUUCCCGGGUGAGGCUGGUUUGGUCAUGUGGUCAGAGCAAUUUCCGGAGGACAACUACAGCAUGUGGAAUAACACCUUAAUUGGUGUCCUGCCUUACCUGGAGAAAUUCCGCAAACUCAUCUGUGCUUGGGACGACGCUCUGCCGCUUCUGGUUGCCCCACUGACCCCAGGUAACUUCACAGAUACUAAGUAUUGGGAAGUCAUGCAUGCUGCGACUGCCUUUUAUGUGGAGACAUUCUUUCGUCGGUUUGGCAGGCCCCCCAUCGUUCCCCAUUCCAUCCCUUUGUAA